AUGUCACUGCUCCCCUCAACAGGAGCAGCAGCAGCAGCAGCGGCUAGGAGUGGGGCCGGCCGUCUUGCUGCAGCACAGAGGGGUGGGCCUCUAUGCUUCUUCUCAACCUCCCUCCUACACCAGCAGCAACAGCAGCAGGUACAGCAGCAGCAGCAGCAACGACCCGUCAGUAGCAUGCGCGGUCGCUUCAGCCGCAGCAGCAGCAGCAGCAGCAGCACAUGGAAGACAAUCUUUGGGUCUGUCUUUGGUGCUGCAUUGGGGCUUUUUGCUGGAUGGCAAGCGCAUGCAGCAUCAGCAGCAGCAGCAGAAAACUCUGCUGCAGCAGCUGCUGUGCGGCUAUGUCCUGCACAGGCCUCUGCUGCUGAAUCUACCAGCAGCAGCAGCAGCAGGAGCAGCAGCAGCAGCAGCGGCAAAAUGUACACCAGAGAGACACCAGGAGGGAAUAUGCAGGUCUUUAAACCCCCUCAAGUGCAAGCAUGGCAAGAUUUCUUAAGGACAAGAGAAGGCUUUGUGUCCCUGCAGAUCCUUGCGCAGCCACCUGCUGAUCGUCGUACUGCUGCUGCUGCUGCUGCUGCUGUUCCUGCUGCAGCAGAUUAUGGCGACCGUCUAGCAGCAGCAGCAGCAGCAGCAAUCUAA